AUGGCAGACCCACCCCACGAUACAGGGCAGAAAGCUGCUCCUCUACCAUCCGAAACUUCAUCCUUCCCAUUCAGCUGCAGAUGCUCCAACUUGCGAGUAAACGGUCGUAUAGCCAAGUCCGACGAGCAGGUGGUCAGUAACGGCAAUUCCGAUAGUCUGAGGAUUUAUCUGCCUAAACAUGCGGAAUAUGUGAGACUCGCUGGAUAUAUCACAUACGAUGAAGGAGUUGAAGUGUCUGAAGACAGCGAGAACCAAGACGAUACGCGUAAAUCGCUAUGGAGAAAAUGCUGGUUAUGCAAUGUUAGAUGCUAUCAAGCUGAGGGGAAAGUGAAAGACGAUCCAGCCACGACAGAAGAAUGGGUCACGAUAGAUUUCAAAAGUGGGAUAGUCCACGGGGAUGAGCGUAAUAAAGAAAUUCAGAGUUCACUACCUUUCAGAAAAUUACGAUUAGAGGGUCCACAUACAACAUCAAAUUUUGGUAGACCACCUUCGAAUUCCGCUUUAUCACUUUACCCCGCACCUGGACAAUCACCUGAAACAAAUCAUCUCAUCCCACCACCACACGAUCCAUUCUUUCUUCCACCCCCAUUCAUACCAAACCACUCACACCUUCGAGAGCUGUGCAAUGCUGCCGGAGGCUAUCUACGCGAAUCGCACAAGACGUUGGAAGAUGAAGUGAAACGGUAUAUAUCGUCCAAAGCACAGGAGAUGAGGGAACUGGAAGAAAGCGUAAGAGGUGAAGUCGAGAUGUUGUGGGAGAAAUAUAAAGAUGGACCUGGUAAAGGUGAAAUAGUGGAAAGAAGCAGAAGCGCAAGCAUCAAUAAAUCAGGUGAUAUGAGUCGACCGAUAUCAAAAGACCGUUCCUUGCCCACUAAAGAAGAAAACGACAAUCCUUUAGCAAGAGCAACCUCCUCUACUAAUCUACCUGCUACUUCUUUACUCGCUCAAUCCUUAUCGGCAAAUACUUUUUACGCUCCUUCGCCUAGUAGUAAUCAGCCUGCAUCUGUCAAGGAUGAGAUUGAGAAAUCACUCAAUCACGUCGCAAGCACGUACGACAAAAGAGACGAUAGUCGCGCUGUCGCUAUGAGCUAUGUGUUUAGUAAUCUUGCUGAUCAUAUGGGAUCAUCAAGCACCGCAGGGACGAGUCAGACGAAGAGGAGAAGCUCGUCAAAAGGUAGUGGUGAAACAGUACCUGAUAAAGACAGCUGGAUAGAUGAGGAAAGAGCAACCCUUAGAACUCUGAAUGUGGGAGGAAAAAUGAGCGAUGUGGAGGAGGAAGAUGGCGAAGGUCGAACGCCACGUCCCUCGGCGGGUGGGGAGUUGCAAAGGAGAGAGGAGAAAGGAAAGGGUAGGAGUAAAGUCACAUUCGAAGAGCCUGAGCCAGAAAUAGAGAAGAAGGAUGAACCUGAUCUCGAUGGUGAGUGCGAUGAGACGGAAUUGAGCUGA